UUCAUUUGGGUGACAAUCAACAUUUUCGUCAUUACUCCGGAAACUCUGCUGUUUAGAGCCGGAGGAAGCCACGUUGACAGCGUGAAAUUGAUCCGGUAUUCUGCGAAUAUAGAGAUUACAAGACUGAGCAGAAGGUCGCUCUUUACGAGGUCGGUUUUCAAGAUCAAGAAGGAGGUCUUUUGUUUAUAACAGGAUGAGCGUCGGCUUUAUAGGAGCGGGUCAGCUUGCCCAUGCCCUGGCAAGGGGCUUUACUGCGGCAGGGGUGCUGGCUGCUCACAAGAUUACUGCAAGUUCCCCUGAUACUGAUCUCCCUACAGUGACUGGGCUCAGAAAACUUGGUGUGAAUUUCACCACAAGCAACAAGGAAACCGUGAAAAACAGUGAUGUCUUGUUUCUUGCUGUCAAGCCUCAUAUCAUUCCCUUUGUCCUUGAUGAGAUUGGUCCUGACAUUGAGGAUCGACACCUGGUUGUUUCAUGUGCUGCUGGUGUUACUAUCAGUUCUAUUGAGAAGAAAUUGUCAGCUUGCCACCCUGAACCAAAGGUGAUGCGCUGUAUGACUAACACACCAGUGGUGGUUCGAGAAGGUGCUACAGUAUAUGCCACAGGAACUCAUGCAGAAGUGGAAGAUGGGAAGCUUCUAGAGCAGCUAAUGGCCAGUGUUGGCUUUUGCACAGAGGUAGAGGAAGAUUUGAUUGAUGCUGUCACUGGGCUGAGUGGCAGUGGACCUGCAUAUGCAUUUACAGCACUGGAUGCUUUGGCAGAUGGUGGAGUGAAAAUGGGAUUACCAAGGCGACUAGCAGUCAGAUUGGGAGCCCAAGCCCUACUGGGAGCAGCAAAGAUGUUGCUGGAUUCUGAGCAACAUCCUGGCCAGUUGAAGGACAAUGUGUGUUCUCCAGGUGGUGCUACCAUCCAUGCCCUGCAUGUCAUGGAAAGUGGGGGUUUUCGCAGUCUUCUUAUCAAUGCUGUGGAGGCCUCCUGCAUCAGGACCAGGGAACUUCAGUUCUUGGCUGACCAAGAGAAAAUCUCUCCAGCAGCUAUCAAAAAGACGACCCUGAACAAAGUUAGACAAGAAUCUUCCUUAACCGGAUCCAAAAGUAGCAUCAACCUUUUUAACAAGUACCCAGGCACAAAGAAGAACUAAGUCUGUUAUCCUCAGCCUGGUAUCUACCUACACAUGUGGCCAACAUAUUAGCAGGAGAUAAGAGGAGUCUGUGGCAAUCAGUAAAGUUUGUUUCCUCAAAAGCUUGUUACUUGUGACCAAAAGGGCCAGUGCAAAGUGCAGUCGUAUGCAGGACCCGCCCCAGAUUUUUUUUUAUUAUAAUUAAAACAAUUUUGUCAUCUUCAAUGGUCAUGGUUUUACACAUUUGGAUUAAUUUAAAUUACUCAGUUACAGUAUGAAGCGAUAACUGUAGGUGGCUUGUAAGUUUCUCAUUCAUCUUAUUUGAUGUUUUGCCAGGUUUUUAUGUUAACACACAUGCCAUCAGAUUUAUACUUCACAGUAGCAAGAUAACAUGGAUGCUAAGUGCUUGUCGGUUUUAGUAUUUUUGUGAUAGAAUCAGAAGCAUUUGAACACAUGAAGAGUGUAGGAUUAACAAUAUGAAAUACAGCUCCCCAACAAUGUUACUACUAAUUAUGUAUAAAGGAUUAUGAAAGAUCAUUUAGGAUUAUGAAAUGUGCUGCUUUAGGAUAAUUUUAAUUUUGAAUUUUUUUUUUCUGUUUAAGAAAGAGACAUCUGAGUAUUUUAUUUUAAUUAUGUUCUUUUUCUUAAAGAACAUUUCCUGAAUAUCCUGCAAUUCAUUUGUUUUCACCUUUGCAUAUUACGGUCAAAAUUAAAUAACCAGUUUCUUUUGAAUCCUGUCUUUAUACUGUAAUUGUACCACAUUCAAUUGAAUUAACAUUUCAGAUUUUGUUUUUAUUUGUAUUUUAUGUUUUUAACUUUGAGGUUCAUUUAUGUUGCUGAAUCAAAUGAGAAGGAUUUCAGAAAAACAUGCCCGCAAAAAAAGAAGUCUGUUCUUUAAUUGUCUGAAUUUAUGUCUGUUACCUCUUGUGCUUUUUAUACAAAUUUAAAUAACCCAUUAUGUGUA